AUGCCGAUGCCUCAGCAACACCCGCAAAAGCAACGGAGAGUCGUGAGUUGCACGCCCCUCUCCACCUCCACCACCUUAAAAGAAAGCGCCGCAACGCACUCCGCGGAAGCGAGUCGUCUAAUCCCCGCGGCUACCACCAGCGAAGACGCGUCCACCCUUCAGCUGCGGCAUAGCCUGCAACUUCAAAAGAAGCGGUACGACGAGCUGCUCGCGGACUCGCACAAGCUGCGAUCCGAAUAUGACGCUUACCAGCUACGCAUGGAGCACGUCGCGCGUCAGUACAAACAGCAAGCGCUGCAAGACAAACACAUGCUGGAGGAGCUGCGGCUUACUGGGACAGCCGGGUCGUUGGACGAGGUUUACGUCACCGGACUGAAGCGGCAAAUCGGGGAGCUGCAGAAGAAGCUGACGGAGUCGAUGGCCGCUGCGGAGAAGGCGUAUCAGCGGCAGCGCGAGGCGGAGGAGGCGCGAAUGGCGACAGAGAAGUCGAAGCGAGAGGAUUUGGCGGCGCUCGCUUCGCAGAUUGCGCACUUCGGCCGAGCAUCGUCGACGCCCAUCGCGGAGUCCGCCGGCAGCCCCGAUGCGGGCGAACAGAAGGAGGGCAAAGAGGACGAGGAAAGCGUAGAAAUCGAUGAAAAGAAAGCGGCACCUGUUGAGAAUGUCGAUGUAAACGCGCGGCUUCUGCAGGCACAGGCGCAGCUGGCCGUUCGCCAGGCCGAAGUCGACGAGCUUCGCACGCAACUGCAACUGCGCGACUCCGCCCAUCAACAGCAGUCGGAGGAGCACACGCAGGAUCUGCAGACGCUGCGGAUGGAGGUGGAGCAGUUCAAGGAGCAUGAGUCGGCGUUGAAGGCGUCCCACAUGGCUGACCUCAAGAAGGAGGCGGCCGAGUUUGCGGAAAAGGAAGCCGCGCUGCGGCGCGAGGUAGAGACGGCCCGCGCGCAAGUGCAAAAGGCGUCCAUGGAGCAGUCCUCCCAGCGUGUCGCGAAGGAGUUGCUCGAGACGCAGGAACGGGAGCAGGAAGAGCGCAUGCAAGCGAAGGACCGUGAACUGCAAUCUGCUCGCGCGUCUCUGCAGUCUGUUCAGGCAGCCAUGGAGGCCGCGCACGGGGAGCUGCGUGAGAUGGAGAUGACGCUACACGACGCGCAAACCGAAAACCGGCAGCUGCAGGCCAAGGUGGACCAGACAAGUGCGGAGCUGCUGCGCAGUGAGCAGCUACUCGCCUCGCGCGAGGACGACCUGCUCGACGCGGAGAAGGAGCGGCAGAGGCUUCGCGCGAUGCUGCGGCGGGAGGAGGAAGAGACGCUCCGCGUACAACAGCAGCUCACGCAGCUGCAACGCAGCGAAGCCGAACGCGGCUUAGGAACGGCGGCAGCAGCUGCCACUGCGGCCCAGCUGUUCGCCCACAACGAAGCCGCCGGCGACGGCACGGGCGGCGAGGGCGAAGACGACGCGGCGCAGCUGUCCUCUGUGGUGGCCACGCAGCGACAAACAAUACAAAGCCUGCACAGUCGCAUUGAAGUUUUAGAGAACGAGCUCACCGCCCGUGAAGUGGCCCUGCGUCGUCAGCAGGCGCAGGCACAGGAAAUCAGCGCGGCGCGCAUCGAGUUUAUGAAGGCCAAGGAAGAGGCAAACACGCGUGUGGCGCAGUACAAGGACAGAAUCGAGAGACUAGAAAAUGAUUUGGCGGCUGCACGGCGCAGCGGGGCGACUGCGGUCUCCGUUUUCGGCAUGGAGGACGGGCGUACUACACCCCAGGCCCAAUUCCUUACUUCCUCGAUGGAGCGACACCAUUUUUUGAUGGAGGCGAAGCGCUCCGCGGACUCGUACCGCAUCUCCCGCGUGCGACAAAUGCGCUUGGCCUUCUUUUCAGUUCUGUCUUUGGUGGUGGGGAUGACUCUUUAUGCCACCUUCGCGUUGGCUCCUCCGCCGGCAGAAAAGCAAUAG